UGAAAUUCAAAUCUCUUCCAGUCAGUCGUCUGGCAGCUAUCAACAAGAAAGUCACUCGCUCCAUAAAAAAAAAACACGAACAUGGACUCACUGGCACGUGCUCUGCUGCCCUACCGGGACGUGAUUGGGAAUGUGGCUGGCAUGUUGACCAUCGCGCAGUUUCUGAGUGGUUGCUUCACGUGCAACAAGAUCCGACUGAAGGGUAGCUCCGAAGGAUUCUCCGCUUUGCAGUUUGUGUUCGGAUGUGGAUUAACGGCCCUUCAGCUGAAAUACUCCCAGAUGCUUCGGGCGGCCGCCCUGAUUCGAACUAGCUGCUAUGCCCUUGCCAUCUGCUUGGUCUACUCCGGAUGGUAUCUGUUCUACACUCCAAGUGGCAAGAGAAGCAACUUCUGGAAGCUGGUGAUGAGAACAUUCCUAGUCGUGGCUGGAGCCCUGAUCUAUACGGGUUUCGAAAAUCCAGCACAAGUAAAGGACCGAUUCGGACUGUUGGUGACAAUCUUGACCCUGUGCUACAUCGGAUUGCCAUUACUGAAAUUGGGCGAAGUAAUCAAAAAUAAAAGCAGUGAAGGGCUUCCCUUGCCGGUGAUCCUGGCCAGCACCGGAGCCUCCAUCCUCUGGCUGCUGUACGGAAUCAUCUUACACAACUACUUUAUCAUUGUUCAGAAAGUUAUAGCCCUUGGUUUGUGUGCGGUGCAGUUGUCGCUUUUUGUGAUUUAUCCAGCAACGGCAGCGGGACCGCCGAAGCAGAAGAAAUCCAAAGGCGAAUAAUUGUACCUACCUACGUAAACAACGGGCCAAGGAAAUCAGUCAAGCGUUUUGUGAUAAGAGUGUUUACAUGGUUCGGUGCACGAUACGGUGUGUUCUAAGUGGUGGAGACACUGCAAACAGAAAUCGAUGAAUAAAUAUUGCUUUGAAAUUUAGUGCACGA